AUGGCCGCCGCGAAGCGCAUUUUGAAGGAGCUCAAAGAUUUACAGAAGGAUCCUCCUAAUCAUAUCAGUGCAGGUCCUCAAUCCUCCGGAAACCUAUUCAUAUGGCAAGCUACAAUUAUGGGACCCCCUGCUAGCCCAUAUGAAGGAGGUGUAUUCUACCUUGAGAUUAACUUCCCCGCUGAUUAUCCCUUUAAACCGCCAAGGGUACAGUUUAAGACUAAGGUCUACCACCCAAAUAUCAGUAGCGAUGGAACCAUCUGUCUCGAUACCCUAAAAAAAAAUUGGAGCGCUGCUCUUAGUAUUUCUAAAGUGUUGAUCUCAAUAUGCUCAUUGCUAACUGAUCCAAAUCCCGACGACCCUCUCGAAAAGGAGAUUGCUCGGCUCUAUAAAAAUAAUCGAGGCAAGUACGAAGAAAAUGCACGUACCUGGACUCAGAAGCAUGCAAUGGGAUGA